AUGGCUACUCUUCUGUUUUAUAUCACUUUUUUGUUACUUUACAAUGGUGUGAUUACAAUCGAUGUCAUGCGAUAUGCAUCAGUUCAGUAUUCAAUUCUGUAUUCUGAAUUUAUUGAUUCACAAGGACAAUUCUAUCCUUAUUAUGGUCAUCCAUUAGAAGAAGACUGGACAUCGACGACAGCCGUUACCGGGUGGACAUCAGGAUUUUUUCCCGGUGUGUUUUGGAACAUCGUACAAUACAAUGCAACUCGCGAAGCCUUAAAUCGUGCUCUAAGUGUCACGAUGCCUACAGCUGCAUUUGCCAAUAGUACUAGCCCAUAUAAUGCUGGUUUUAUAAUCAUGUCUGGCUUUGGUACUGCAUAUCGUCUAUUAAAACUCAAAGAGUAUUUAGACAUUGUUAUUACUGGUGCACACUCGCUUGCAACUCAAUAUUCACCGACUGUUCGAUGUUUACGUUCAGUCGAUAGCCGAGAGGGGUAUUUAGUUUAUAUUGAUAAUAUGAUGAAUUUAGAAUUACUGUUCGAAGCAAGCAAUCAAACAAAAGAUCAAUCUCUAUACAAUCUAGCUUGGCAACAUGCUAAUAGAACUAUGUACGAACAAUUUCGAGACGAUAAUAGUACUUAUCAUGUCGUAGAAUACAAUGAAACAGAUGGUAGUGUCAUUCGAAAAUAUACUGUUCAAGGUUAUGCUGAUUGGUCCACUUGGUCUCGUGGGCAAUCGUGGGCAAUUCAUGGAUAUACAAUAGCUUAUCGGUAUACAAAAUAUCAACCAUUUCUUGAUAGAGCAAUCGGCGCAACUAAUUAUGUUCUUCUUCGUCUUCCUAAUGACUCAAUUCCUUAUUGGGAUUACGAUGCACCUUACAAUUCAACAUAUCAACCGAGAGAUACAUCAGCAGCAGCCAUAUUUGCUAGUGCACUUGUUGAAUUAUCUGAAUAUAUGUCAGAUCCUUCCUUGAAAGAUCGAUAUUUGUCCGUUGCAAAGUCAAUUGUUGAUCAAUUAUCCAGUCCCAACUAUAUGAUAUAUGGUGAUAAAGAUUAUAAAUUAUCAGCUUUACUAGCUAAUGGAACAAUAGGUCCUUAUCCAAAGAAUCCGUAUGAUGUCGCAUUGUCCUUUGGUGAUUAUUACUUAACACAAACGAUUAUACGUUUGAUGAAACAUCAAUAA